GCGGAAGGAGGAAGUGCGAGCGCGGCGCGGGGCCAUGGCGCUGCCCGGCGAGCUGUGGGCAGAGCUGCCCGCCGAGAAGCGCAUCUUCACCUCCGUCCUGCUCUUCUCCUGGGCCGUGUACCUGUGGGAGGCCUUCCUGGCGCACCGGCAGAGACGGGUGUACAGGACAACAACACACGUGCCGUGGGAAUUGGGACAGAUCAUGGAUUCAGAAACGUUUGAAAAAUCUCGUCUGUAUCAGUUGGACAAGAGCACUUUCAGCUUCUGGUCAGGGCUGUACUCAGAGCUGGAGGGCACUAUGAUUCUCAUCUGCGGAGGAAUUCCUUUUCUCUGGAAUCUGUCUGGUCAGAUUUCAGGCCGUGCUGGGUUUGGACCAGAAUAUGAGAUCGUUCAGUCGUUGGUGUUCCUGCUGCUCGCGACGCUGUUCAGUGCCCUGACUGGUCUCCCAUGGAGUUUAUACAACACUUUUGUCAUAGAAGAGAAACACGGCUUCAAUCAGCAGACACUGGGAUUUUUUUUUAAGGAUGCCAUCAAGAAGUUUAUCGUGACACAGUGCAUUCUGUUGCCAGUGACAUCCCUUCUGCUUUAUAUUAUUAAAAUAGGGGGAGACUACUUCUUCAUCUACGCCUGGCUCUUCACAUUAGUUGUGUCCUUGGUGCUCGUUACCAUCUAUGCAGACUACAUUGCUCCUUUGUUUGAUAAAUUCAUUCCACUUCCUGAGGGAGAGCUCAAGCAGCAAAUUGAAGUCAUGGCAAAGAGCAUUGACUUCCCAUUGACGAAGGUGUAUGUUGUUGAAGGUUCUAAGCGUUCUUCUCAUAGCAAUGCUUACUUCUAUGGAUUCUUCAAGAAUAAGCGGAUAGUGCUGUUUGACACGCUCCUGGAAGAUUAUUCUGCAUUGAACAAAGAACCAGGAGAAGGAGAAGAGGGUGAGAAUGAAGAAACAAAGUCUAAAACAAAAAAUAAAAAGCAAGGAUGUAAGAAUGAAGAAGUUCUGGCUGUCCUUGGUCAUGAAUUGGGUCACUGGAAGCUAGGUCACACUGUCAAAAACAUUAUUAUCAGCCAGAUGAAUUCCUUCCUCUGCUUCUUCUUGUUUGCUGUUCUGAUUGGUCGAAAAGAACUCUUUGCUGCAUUUGGCUUCUACGAGACUCAGCCGACCCUGAUAGGCUUGAUGAUUAUUUUCCAGUUCAUUUUUUCACCUUACAAUGAGAUUCUCUCCUUUUGCUUGACUGUAUUAAGCCGACGAUUUGAGUUUCAAGCAGAUGCGUUUGCCAAGGAACUUGGAAAGGCUAAAGACCUAUAUUCUGCUUUGAUCAAACUAAACAAAGAUAACUUAGGAUUCCCUGUUUCUGACUGGAUCUUUUCAAUGUGGCAUUAUUCCCAUCCACCCCUUUUAGAAAGACUGCAAGCCUUGAAAGAAGCAAAGCAAGAGUGACAGCAGCCUGUGGGGCAGACAGCGCUUCCAUCCAGAGGCAAAGUUAGGAGCAUCUCUUAAAAACGGGUGUGACGUUAACAGCACGACAAAUCCAAGAAUCCUGAAACAGUAUUAAAUUAUGACUUUUUAUUUUUUAACAAAAACAAAGUGGUGGAACUUAAUUUAGAAUAAAGUCCUGGGUGAAGGCCACGCCUCCUAUGCUCUGGCUUUUAUCUCCGUAUAGAUUUGUAAGGGGAGAAAAAUAUAAUAUUUUGAGGCACCUAUUUCUUAGAUUUUACAUUGGUUUUGAUUCUUUUCCCCUUCUUGGUGUUCUGUGAACUUUCUCUGUCUCCACCUUCACUCACAAUGAAGAGGUUUCGAAUGCUAUGGUUUCUCACAUCAUAACCGUACUAGCCGGUCACUGUGUUUAAAAAGAGUUUAAUGCAGGUAUGAGCCUUUCUGCUGGAGUUAAAUCCAUGUCUGCCAUAAGGGAAAAUGCUGUUUCUCUGAAAUGUAGCAAUACGGUUGAGUCAGAGUCAAAGAAAUAAAUCAUGGCCUCCUUGAAAAUGAGGAUUAGUCUGUAUUCAGUAUUGGUAUAGGGGGGAUUGGGCUGUCCUCCAUUCUGGGGGUGCAGAAGAAUGUGAUGGAGAAGUGAAGACAGGACCCAUGCAUUGAAGAAAGUUGUAAGUUCUUUGGUCUUCCUCCUCUUGCUUGUAAGCAUAAUGGUUAACAGCAUUUCCACACCUCGGUUCCUUCAUUUCUGUCAAUCUUUGCCAAAUUUAAUUGUGUAUAUGGAAGAGGUCUGAUGCUCAGGCUGCGCGUUCAUGUCGAACUUUAAUUCUGAGGUCUGCAGAGGGUUUUUUCAUUCAUAUGGACUUAACUGAAACAGUGUGGGAACUCAGAAAAUAUUGCUCAUGAUCACUGUAAUACAAGUAAUCCAAGAUACGGUUUGUUUGUAUAGGUUGGGGAAGGGUAAAGGGGUAUUUGGAGAAAUGGCUUCUGCAUCUGUCAUCACAGGUGAGAUGUGGAAUUGAAUUUACUUUUGAAUAAAGAUAGAAAUUAAAUGUGGGUUUGUAUGUGCCGUCAGAGUGGACUGAAUGCAAAUACUUUAUGUAAAAAUCUGAUUUCCUGUAUGUUCUAAGUUGAAAUGCUCUUCUCAGUUUUGUGCAGAGACAACAAAUCAAAGCAAGAUCUGAUGCUUUUGAGUGCCUGAACAUUCUCCAACACUUUGCUAUUUGUUUUUUUGGUCACAGGGAGAAUUGGGAGAAUUCUGAGAUGGUGGGCAUGAUGAUGCCUCAGGAGCAGUAGGAAUAGAUGAUGUAUGAUUUGUAUUUAUAAACUAAAGAAUGUGAAGCAAAACUACAGAUAGGGAUUUAGGACACAGUUUUAGAGGAGCAGCCUAUACUAUUUUAGGAAAUAAAAGGGUUAACUUGAAUCAUAGGAUGGCAGGGGUGAAGGGAACUUAACGAUCAUCCAGUUCCAGCUCCUCCUCAUGGGCUGGGUGCCCCCCACCAGGUUGGGCUGCCCUGUACCACAUUCUUGGCCUUUUGCAACUCCAGGGAUGGGGCACCCACAGUUCUGGGCAGCAGUGCCUGCACCUUGCAGCCCCUCAAGUAAAGAAUUUGCUCCUCACAUCUAACCUAAAUCUCUUUUAGUUGAGAAUCACUCCUCCUUGUCCUGUUACCAUCAGACCAUGUAAAACGUCACUCUCCUCCUCUGUAUAAGCCUCCUUCAACUACUGUAGGGCUGUGAAGAGGUCUCCCAGGGCCUUUUCCAAGAUGAAUACCCUCAGCUCCCUCAGUCCUCCUCCGCAGGGCUGCUCUCCAUCAGUUCUCUCACUCCAUACACAUACCUGGGAUUGUGCAGACCCAGGUGCAGCACCUUCCACUUGGCCUUGCUGAACUUCAUCAGGUUCACAUGCAUCCGCUUGUCCAUGGAUCCAUGUCCCUCUGGAUGGCAUUUCUUCUUUCUACUG